CCGGUGCUUUGCCGGUCGUGAAGAUCCCAAAGAAGAGAGGGAGGAAACCCGGGUACAAGCUGAAGUCUCGUGUCCUGAUGACUCCCUUAGCAAUCUCUCCGCCGAGAAGCACACCGGAGCCGGAUAUUAGUUCAAUCCCCCAGGAUGCAGCUACGAUACCCAACUCGGCCACGCCACAGGCUCUCACAGUCUGCAUUUAUGUCAACAAACAAGCGAACCUGGGGCCGUACCUUGACAGAAAAAAAGUGCAGCAGCUCCCAGAGCACUUCGGGCCGGAGAGACCAUCUGCGGCCCUGCAGCAGGCGGUUCAGGCCUGCAUCGACUGCGCGCUCCAGCAAAAGGCGGUCUUCUCGCUCAUCAAGCCGGGCUACGGAGGCGAGAUGGUGUCAGUUUCAGCUUCUUUUGAGGGGAAGCAGCAUCUCCUGAGCCUGUUGGUAGUGAACAGCAUCGGGUAUGUCCUGCGUUUCCUGAAGAAGCUCUGUCGCAGCCUCUUGUGUGACAAUCUCUUCAGCAACCAGCCUUUCCAGCAGUACAACGCCGUGCCGGAAAGCCCAGAGGCGUAUGAAAACAGACGGAUGGAGGCAGAAACAGUCAUACCUGAGGACUACCUGGCUGAUCCUGCAAACAUGAAGCGGUACAGUGUGGAUCCUGCUGAUUCUGCCUUCGGUUGCAUGGGCUCCGUGUAUGGCAUGCGGCAGAGUCCUACAGCCGGACAUCCUGCUGGAGGCUCCUCUUCCUCCUGUAGCCACCGUCCUGCUCAGAUGUCUUCAGGGGGGUCCUCGUCUACUGGCCUGCAGCAUCAGACCUCCAGCCCAACAAGGAACAGGACCUAUCUUGAAGGAAACAGAAGUG